AUGCAUGGUGCGCCGAGCAUUGGACCCCCGUUCUUGAGCGUCAGCAAAGCGACAGUAAGGACGGCGGUGCAGCUCUGGAGCACUGGCACCAAAACAAUGGCAUUGCGGAGACUUUACACACACGGCGUCUACUUCCUUGCCAGGGGUCAUCAGCGGCAUCAGUCUACCCUGCUGCCGCGACAGCACCGGCUGAGGGAGCUGCCAACGCCGUACCUGCGGCGGUGACGCGGCUAAUGAUGGGUCAGUAUCGCGCCUACUGCGGUGCAUUCCUCUUUACCCAGGAGCAACUGGAGUUCCUUGAUGUGACUUUGCGGUGAACGCCGAUUGGAUCGGCGCGGCAGGUGGCCAUCAAGGCUGCCUUGAUGGCCCGCUGACACUGCGCCAUCGGUACGUUAAGUGCUCACGAGAGCACCUCUAUCGGUGGUGGUGGUGGCGACGGCGAGGAGGUGACGUUGGGUUUUGCACUGAGGAAGUCCAUCUCGUAGCGGCUGUAGCCGAUGUAAGGGCGAUUGUUCAUGACUGGGUAGCGUAAGAUGCAGGGUGUGUGUGUGUGUGCUUGAGGAGUCGGCAACAGCGGCAGCGUUGUUCAACCACGGUGAUGGCUUACCGCGACGCACAGCUCUCCUUGGGGAUGUUGGCUGGCUGCUGGCGGGUGUGAGUUGCGCCUUGAAUGGUGUACCUGGCGGCCCGUCAGCAGUGUGAAGGUACGGUGUGCCGCGGCUCGCGCUGCCUGUGACGGCGGCGGGGCGACGCCUCAAACACGUCACUUCACUUUCGCGUACUUCGUUGCUGCUCAGCACUACGCAGCUACAGCUGCUGCGCCCAUGUCUCCCAGGGUGCCAGUUCAGCACGAAGGCUCUGUCACUGCAGUGCCAGGGCUCUCACGCUCUGUUUUAGUGUAUGCCCACUACCAUUGUAAGGAUGUCGAGCGUCGCCUUGCGCGGCUGCACGGCUGACUGGAGCUGCUGCGCCCAUGCCCCAACGGCCCUCAUAGCAAAUGAACAGCAUGUGGCGGUGCGGCUGUAUGUGCUGAUGCGACAGGUAGAGGAGAUGCAUAGAUACACGCAUGGAAGAACGACCCAGCUCAGCGAGGCACGGCGACGGGCAAUGGAAGCGACGUACCAGGCAGGCAGUGCGAUUAUAUCUUGUCCUGCUGAAACAGCGUCUGACGGCAUUGACCAGGAUGGAAAAUGGGCAGCCGUCGGACAUCAGCGUACUUAUGGACGUGCACAGCCAUCGAGCGCGUCGUUCUCUGCGAGUGGAGCGGCAGUGCAGUGGCGACGCUGUUUCUCUUCCUCGCAGAACCCUCCCAGCACGUGUACCUCACCUGCGUGGAGAGUGCACCCCAUCACGAAGCCCUGA